UCAUUGGUGAAUUGGGUAGAGACACAUCGAUGCCUACUUUCUUCUUUGUUCCCUUAUUGGCACCGGUUGGCUUGGAAGAGGAUACAAAACCAAAAAAUACAAGUUUCAACCAAGCAGAAAGUAAUUACCGCCUUUCUUAUUCGUCACGUUGUCAUCUUUUUCCUGGUAGAAUUAUCAGAAAAUUCGCUACUACUCCCGCAACAGUAUUGUCUCCUUGUGAUUCAGCCUUUCAAAAUACUUCCAUUUUCUUUUGUUCGAUGACACAGCAGCCGUCGUGGAAAGAGUCAAAGGAAAAUGAAGCAGAAAUGGAGCAAGUUAUACAGAGAUUGGAGUCUUUUCGCUUUCAAGAGACAACAAAGACAUUUGUGAAAUCUAUUCACGGCACGAGACGUUUUCCAUCAUCUUUGGAAAAUACUGGUGCCGUACUUCCUCCACCAGGUACUUCUGCACUGGGAUGGUACAACAAGAGAAUUCGUUCAGCCGCCCUUAAAAGAGAAUUGAAAAGAGUUCUCUCUCUUGUUCGUGAAAUGAAAUAUAGUAAUAUGACUCAACCUAAUACCGUUACGUAUGCAAUAGCUCUCAGUUGUUGUGCCAAGUUGAGAGCAGUCGAAGAAGCUCGCAAAUUGUGGAGUUGGUAUUUGGAAGAUAAGCUGCCUGUCGAUAACCACGUAUAUAGUUCCAUGAUUGCCGUUUAUGCACGUACAGUCCCUCCACAAUAUGAUUCAGCCUGGGUUACUUUUCAACAACUCAAACAUUUUAUGAAACCUAACAAGGUUGUGUACAAUGCUAUGAUCGAUAUUUGUUCUCGAACGGAUAGAAUGGAACAAGCCCUUAAGCUUUAUCAAGAGUUAAAAUUAGAGAAUGGAGAGACUCCGGAUGAGUAUACUUAUAAUGCGAUACUAAAGGGUUAUGCUAGAGCUGGCAACCUACAAAGUGCUAUCGAAGUUUCCAAUCAGAUGCAUAGUGAAGGAAUCAUCCCCCGUGCAAUCACUUAUAGUGUUUUGAUUGAUUCUUUAGGAAAAUGUAAAAGGUUGGAUGAAGCUUUUGGUUUCUUUGAGGAAAUGGAAGCCAAAGGUAUUCAACCCAAUGUUAUUACUUUUAAUGUUUUGUUAUCGGCUUGUGCUGCUUCUAAUAAUUAUACCAGAGCAUUGGUUAUCGUGGAUUGGAUGGAAGAGAGAGGAGUUGCUUUUGAUAGGUAUACUUAUAAUGCUUUGAUGCAAGCUUCUGUCAACAGCAAACAAUACGAAGAAACUGUAAAAUGGUAUGAAAAGAUGAUUCAUUCACUAGUCACUCCCAAUAAUGUUACUUUUCGGUAUUUGGUGGAAGCUGCUGGUGGCUUGGUUCGUUUCGACUUGGUUCAAUUGGGCAGCCUUGGUGGCUUCCAGUCUUCGAUGUCAACAAAUGGAAGCAGCACAAACAUUCCUCAAUGAAUUUGUGCUUUCACGUAGAAGAAAGGAUUCAACUUUUUA